AUGUCCAGAAGGAAGCAAGUGAAGGACAAACCGGACAAGACGAGUCCAGAGGAUGAGAAGACUACAGGACAGACUCCAUCUGACACAUCUUCUGCUCAGACCUUUGAUGAAUAUCAGUGCACAGGCAACGUGGAGAUCGACUUCCCUGGGCAUUGUGCUCUCCUGGACGUGAGGUGUGUUCCAGCUGUCAGCACCAAGCGACCAGCCUCCUCCUCCUCCUCCUCCUCCUCCUCCUCCUCCUCACCGGCUGAGAUCGAAGGAGAGGAUGCAAAGGACACCCCCUCCCAGGUAACGGACACAUCUCACUGGUCUAAGCCACGCCUCCAAGUGGAGCUGGAAAACGAUGACCCCCUCUGUGCCAAGAGUCUGAAGGUCUCAGGAUGGAAGGUAGAUGAGCAGAUUGCCAGGGUGCUACAGAAGAUGCUCCCCUCCCUGAGCCACCUCCAGAGCCUUCAGUUCUGGCAGGCGGGACUGAGCGACCCGGUGGUCACCUCCCUCGUGAACACAACGCCACUGUGCUCCAGCCUCAGGGUGGUGUCAUUAGAAGGUAACACUCUCCCUGAACACUGCUUCCACUGUCUCCUCUCUGAAGACAGCGUCCUCACUCACUUGUCCCUGAGAAACAACCGGUUGGGCGAUAGCAGUGCUCGUCUGAUUGGGUCUUUGCUCUCAACGACCAGAACGUCCAACAAGAACCUGCUGUCACUCAACCUGGCGUUCAAUUCUAUUGGUGAUGCAGGUGCUGCUCACAUCGCUCAGGGCCUGCGCUUGAAUCGGGCUUUGCUCUUCCUCUCACUGUGCAACAAUCAGAUCGGAGACUCGGGAGCUGCUCAUCUGGCUGCGGUUCUCUGCGAAUUUGCUCUGACUCACGAGGAAGUUGUGGAGAGAAGGAAGCUGCUUCUGGAAAGAUCUCAGUCUUCAUCUCUAAGGGUCAACUCUGACCAAACGUCCACUGACCCACUUCCCUUGGUGGCCAGCAGCACUUCACUGAAAGAGGACAACAAAGGCACGUCCAAAAAAAAGGAGGCACACAAAAAAGAGGAGAAACCCUCAACCAGCAAAGAGAAGUCGAACAAGAAAUCCUCUGAUGUGAAGGCAGCUCUGAGUAAAGGUGUGAAGCCCGGGGACCGAGAGGAGCAACCGAGUGCACAGGAGGUUCAGUCAAGCACAGCCCUGAAUGAGCAGCAGGUGGAGACGAUGGAGAUGGGGAACCCCCUGCUGGACGAGCCGCUGCAGCACAGGGACGGGCAGCUCUUUCUGCCUGGAAACACAACUCUCGCCUCCCUCAACCUGACAGGAAACAGAAUCACAGAGCGGUCGCUGCCUCUGUUCCUGACGUCAGUGGAGAUGCAGGGUGAGGAUGGAGGCCUGCUGCGUCUCUGUCUGCAGAGAAACCGCUUCCCACCCGAGUGUGAGACCUAUGUGAAGAUAAAGGAGGUGAUGGCACUCAGAUACCAGAGAAGAACUGCUUGUGGAGAGACAGAAGAGGAGGGACAGGGACCACCUGAGCUUUAAAUUUGCUACGUUGCAUGCAUCAGUCUUGUGGGGAAUGAAAGGCCAGUGGCUGAACAGGAGGACAAUGU